CUUUAUUUGUUAUUUACAAAAUACUGGCGCGGUAAAACAUUUUUAUGCUAGUAUAUGAAUUGUAGAACCACACGGCCUACGUUUAUCAACAUUUUACUCUGAAAUGGUUGUUAAUUCGAGUUUAAAGUGCCAGUAUUAUUAAGGGAAAAACCCGGAAGUGGUUUUCGGAUGUAAACACACGUGUGGGUUUCGUCUCCGAUGAAGAAUUAUGCCAAAACUAGUCGAUGUAAAAUUCCCGUCAGGAUGUGAAACUCUGCCUGAAGGUUUCUGGUCAGCUGUGGACGUGUGGAUAAAGAAACCUCACGUCGUCAACAAGCGUCUGUGUGGAGUUAAAGAAACUCAAAGCCAGGAUGUGGACAGAGAUACCCUGGUGCUCCUGCUGGACCCGGACCUUCCUGGUUCUGGAUCUGGUUCUGGACUCUCAGAGGACGUGUUGGCUUUCCUCUCACCCGAACAGACACACGGACAGGACAAACCGUGGUCCUAUAGUAUCAGGACGUUUAUUCCUAAAGUGAACAGCUAUGGUUCAAACCUGCAUAAAGAAGUUGUACUUAAAGACUUUGAGUCUCAACAGGUGACUUUUCUUCCAUUUGAGGAGGAUGCAGAAGGGCGGGUGUCUCUGAAGAAGGGCAACAUUUAUCAGAUUAAACUCCUGCUUCAGGACUGUGGGACGUGGACGUUAGAGCUCCACAUCCUAGAUCCAGAGUCCUGGUUCUCUGAUGGUGUUGCGUACCCAAAGCCAACCUGGCUCUGCUCAGACCUGGUCCCCAGACUCCAGCGCUGGGCCACCGAGUCCCGAAGCAGCGAGUUCAGAAAUACCCUGUCACUGCUGCCGGUGGAGAAGUACAGCCGGAUCUAUCAGGAGCUGAAGGGCAAGUACAAGGCCCUGGUCCAGGUCUGGCCCGAGGUCACGGAUCCAGAGAAGUUUGUGUAUGAAGAUGUUGCCAUAGCAACGUAUCUUCUGGUUCUUUGGGCAGAGGAACGAGCUGAGAAGGACCUGGACGCUCCACAGACAUUUGUGGAUCUGGGCUGUGGAAAUGGUCUCCUGGUCCACAUCCUGACCAAUGAAGGGCAUUCGGGGAGGGGCAUCGAUGUUCGCAGAAGGAAGAUCUGGGACAUGUACGGACCCCAGACUCUGCUGGAGGAAAAGGCCAUUACCCCCGGUGAGUGCUUCUUAUUCCCGGGUACAGACUGGCUGAUUGGGAACCACUCGGACGAGCUCACGCCGUGGAUCCCCGUUAUAGCGUCCAGGUCGUCGUACUUCUGCCGCUUCUUCGUCCUCCCCUGCUGCUUCUUCGACUUCUGCGGGAAAUACCAGCGACGCCAGUGUCAGAAGUCUCAGUAUAAAGAAUACAUCGACUUUAUUACAGAGGUCAGCAAAGUCAGUGGCUUCAACACGGAGGAGGACUGUCUGAGGAUCCCAUCCACCAAACGGGUUUGUCUGGUGGGAAAGUCCAGAAACUACAGCCAAUCUGAAGAAACCGAAGCAGAGCAGCGAAGAGCCCAUUACAUCCACAGCCGGCAGAACACCACAGGUCAAAGGUCGACUAUUAGAAACGAUGACAACUGCUGCCAUGAGACCACAGAGGCUGAUGGGACCCCCGGGGGUGACUGGGGAGCCGGGUUCCAGCCUCGGGACAGGGUCGAAACGGUCCGAAACUGCGCCGCUCUCCCCCGGGACUUCGUUGACGGUGUGGUGCUUCUGGUCGCUAACGCUCUUCUGGGGAUGAACGUGGACGACAGCGGGACCUGGAACCAAGGAGGAAGCCUUUCUGUGGGCGAGGUCGCUGGGCUGUUGGACAAGGAAACCCUGCAGGUCCUGAAGAACGAGUGUGGAGGUCUGCAGACGCUCCUGAAGAACAACCACCAGGUCUUUAGAGUGGAGGGGGGGCAGGUCCACAUCAGAGACUGGCGGGACAGGAAGUCCUCCAGGUCGGAUGCCAGGAGGAAACCGGUCGCCCCCGGGGCUCUGAAAACCAGAGCUUGCUGGUUUCAUAUCCACCACCCUCAGGGCUGCCCCCUGCAGGCCGAACACUGCGCCUUCGCUCACGGACACAACGACCUCCGACCUUCGACCCGGCCUCUAAAGAAACUAAAGAACAGCCUUUUACCCUGACUUUCAAUUUAAAUGUUAAUUAAUAUUAAUUAAUGACAAUAAAUGUUUCUCUAAGAGGACAACGACCUAUUUAUGUUAUCUGUGGUUACUUUUCUAGCCAUAUUAGAACACUUUAUGUAUUAACAAAACAAAAAUGCUGAGUAAGAAAAAACACUGAAAUUGUAAAUUUACAGAAGAAAGCUCUAGAACUUUAUGAGAAAAAGAUAAAACAUUCACUAAGUUUAUACAAUCUAACAUUGUCCAGAAAAAAAUCUGUUACGAUUAAAGUUGUCACCCCCCCA